AUGGGUGAAGAAGAUGGUGAAAAGAAGUUUAAACUUCCAUAUCGAAGUAAAUUAACAGAACGUAUUGCACCUGGUCAAACAUUAAUUGUAAAAGGAAAAACAUUGGAUGAUGCAAAAAAAUUUGAUAUUGGCUUACAUCGUGAUAGUCCAGAUUAUAGUGGCGGUGAUAUUCCAUUAAAUAUUAGCAUACGUUUUGAUAAAGGAAAGAUAGCAUUUAACACAUUUUCAAAUAAUAAAUGGGGAAAAAAGGAAAAGCAAAAGUUACCAUUUAAAAAAGGAAAUGCAUUCGAUCUACGAAUUCGAGCACACGAUCAUAAAUUUGUGAUUUAUUGCGAUGGAAAAGAAGUAAAAAUGUUUGAUUAUCGUGUACCAUUACAAUGGAUUACAUAUGUAUCAAUUGAUGGUGAUGCUAUUAUUGAUCAGGUACAAUGGGGUGGCAAAUAUUAUCCUGUUCCAUAUGAAUCAGGUAUAGUAAAUGGUGGCUUAUCACCUGGUAAAUCAUUAUAUAUUACCGGAAUACCGGAUAAACGUAGCAAACGAUUUAAUAUCAAUUUAUUGAAACAAAACGGUGAUAUUAUUCUACAUUUCAAUCCACGAUUUGAUGAAAAAGUAGUUGUACGUAAUGCAUUAAUUGGCGGUGUUUGGGGUAAAGAGGAACGUGAAGGUAAAAUUCCAUUUGAAAAGGAUAAAAUGUUUGAUUUACAAUUUCACAAUGAAGAAUACGCAAUACAAAUAUUGGUAAAUGGUGAACGAUUUGUGACAUUUGCGCAUCGAUCACAGGCAAAUGAUAUAGUUGGUGUUCAGAUACAAGGUGAUGUGGAAAUCAAUGGAAUUCAAAUACAAUAA